AUGUUUCGUCGUGGAAAACUAUCCUUUCUAAACACCAAAGAUGACCGAGUUAAAAUAAUAAACGAGCGCAUAAACAUAACAGAAAGGCAUCUAAUGGAGAUGUGCUCUUCGUUUGCUUUGGUAACUCGGAAAAUGGCCAAAUAUCGGGACUCCUUUGAUGAGUUGGCCAAGAGUGUGAAGAGCUAUGCCGACGACGAGGAAAUCAACGAGAGUCUCUGUCAGGGUCUGAAGAGCUUCACCAAUGCGGUUACCAUAAUGGGUGAUUAUAUGGACAUCAAUGUACACCGAUUGGAACACAAGAUUGUCAACGAGUUGGCGCAAUUCGAGCAGCUUUGCAAGUCCACAAGGGACAAUCUUCGACUGGCUGUCAUAGCGCGGGAUAAGGAGGUACUACGUCAGCGCCAGAUGCUUGAGCUCAAGUCCAAGUUUUCUGCAAACAAUAGUGCCGCUGAUUCGGAGCUGUUUAAGGCCAAAAUGGAGGUGCAGCGCACAAACAAGGAGAUUGACGACAUUAUUGGCAACUUCGAGCAGCGGAAGUUGCGCGACUUGAAGCAGAUAAUCAGCGAUUUUAUACUGAUCUCCAUGAAGCAGCACACCAAGGCAUUGGAGAUCCUCAGCGCAAGCUACUAUGAUAUUGGAACCAUUGAUGAGCGCGACGAUUUCCUAGAGUUUCAGAAACUCAUGAAGACCAAGGAAGAGCCGGCUUCCAGGAAAACUGCGCUCAAAAAGGGACUGCGCUCCCAGUCGAUGGAUAGCUUGGAGCACGAGCACCUGGUCAGUCCGCUCAAGAGGCGCCAGAAGUUGUCCAGGAGCAAUAAGAAUCUGGCAGGAGCCGGAAUCAAUCAUGGAAGUAAGACAGAACCCGAAGAUGAAACCGACGAGCAGGAUGAAGAGGAUGAUGAUGAAGAUGAGGAAACCGAGCAAAGUGCCGAUGAGGAAGAGGAAUCUGGAACGGCAACGGAUGACGAGAGGGAGUCCACACAGCCGGGCAACCAGGUCACUCCGCGGGAGAAUGUUUUUGGGGCCAAGAUCCGAACUGCCAACAAGGAUAUAGCCACGCCAUCGACCAGCGCCAGUGCUCCUUCGAAGCCCAGCAGACAAACGGUCAAACAUCCCUUCAAGGCGGUGGCCUCCACCCAUGUAAGGCUGCAGAAGCAGUUCCACGUGCCCCAGCACUAGCACUCAAAUUAUGACCAGUAGUAGAGUUCCUGGAGCUCACAUCAGUAUUGCAAACACAUUUUGGUAUCAUAGCAAGAGCUUAAAUAAAAUUGAAUUAGGAACAUACUUCUAAUGGUUUACGUUAAUUGGUUUUUGUAA